AUGACAAAACGACAAAAAGCAAAAGCGAAUCAAGAAAUAGCUGAAGAAUAUUUAGAAUUGCCUAUGGAUACUGGUAAAAAGAAACAACUAACAGAAGAAGAAGAGCAAUUAAGAAAGUCAGAAGUAGCAAGAAGAAGAAAGAAUCAAAGUAUUCAAAGAGCAGAAAAAGAUAAAGCAGAUACUAUUAAUAGAUUAUUAAAGAAACAAGCAUCAAAAAGUAAACGUAUUAUUGAAGAUCCUACAGAAGAUAAAGAAACACCUCAUGAAAAGCUAAAGAGAUUAGAAGAUCCAAAUCGUCUUCGAUAUAUAAAUACAUCGAAAGGGAGCUCAUUAAGUAUACCCAAUGUCUUUACAAUUGAACAAAUAUUCGGUCAUCAUCCUUCUUUACCAUUAAUGUCUACAAAAAAAUGUCAAGUUGAAGGUUGUUCAAAGGAUCGAAAAUAUACAGCUAAAAAGAGUGGGAAAUAUGCUUGUUCGCUUGAACAUUAUAAAAUAGUUGAAUCGAACUAA